AAUUUUAAAAGUCAAUGAGGCCCCUGAGCCCAAAAGUUUGCCCACCCCUGUGUUAGAUGUUGCUGAUGUGCUGUGUUAGCUGACAGCUGACGUUUGUUGACACUUUUUGUAAGCUGUCAUAUAGGGUGACCAUAUCCAUAACACCAAAAAGGAGGACACUAAGUGGUAUUUUGUGAGGCUGUGAAUAAUUGCAUAGGACUCUGGCGUGCUCCCCUCUACAAUAUUUGUGUGUGAUUGCUACAUGAUGCAUGUGUAACAGAAGAGGAAAGAAUAGUCUUGAAGAGUCAACAAGUGUUUGUUCACAGUAUUUGUAUUUAUUCAAUACAUUGUAGUGUUAAAAAACUGACCAUGAGAGGAAUCUUUUAAAGUGCUGAGUGCCACAAAGCAUAACAUUUGUGUACAUAAAAUGUACAAAUUAAAUCACAGGCCACAUAAAUAUUAAACAGAUAAAUGAAUGUUUUAAAAGCAUAAAGAAAACUAAACAAAUUUGGUUAACAUUUAAGGGCUCAAAGUGAUUCAGUGUAUUGGGGACUUGUGUGCAGCGUCUUCAUCCGUGUAUGUGUGCAGCAGUCCACUUGUAUUCAAGCAAACUCCACCUUCACCCUCUGCAGAAGCUCAAGAGACAACAGUCCCUCGGACAUCAUGGUCGACAAGCCCCCAUUGCGCCUGUUCAUCUCCUGCAGGAACACAUGACAACAAUACUGUUAUCAGCGUUUUAAACCCAAUGAAUAUUCAUAUUAUAUGGAGCCCAUUCAUAGAAUCAAAAUGCUGCAUUGGAAAUCAAUUUGGCUUUAGAGCUUCUUCCAGGAAAUUAGUCGUCAUUUUGUUUUAAACUGUGAUCAGCUAAUAUUCCAACAGUGCUAACCCUAGACUAACCUUCCAUUUAUAUUGUGAAGUCUGAAGAAGAGCUUUGCUAAAUAGAUUUGAAGUGGCAUUCAGUCAUCUUAUCCUUUUUAAGAGAUUAACACACAUAUUUGUAAUAAACUGUCAUUGUCGGCAGACUAAUCUAUUUCUUUCCCCAUCAGAAUUGAAAGGCUCUGGAGAGACGUUUACAACAGCGUACGUGAUCAUUUCUCCACCAUCUUCACCAACCUGGAGAGAGAAGGCCUUCUCUAUCCUGACGAUGAAAUCCAUCUCUAUGCUCUGCACUGGUGCUUUGUACCCACGUACAGAAACACCUUCAGUUUUUCCGGGAUGGCUGGUGCGCACCGAGGGAAACCUGAACCCUACUGUAUCCAACAUUACACUAAGUUGUUCAUAUUAAUAAUGUAGGGAAGGUUCAUUCCAAAGUACAUGUAUCAGAAGCAUGAUGUAACUAGCAGAGAGGCCUGUCAACGUGGAUUAUUUUUGGUCUGCAUAGCAUGGGCACAUUUUAUUUAGCAAAACAGAAACUAAAUCAAUAAUCAAAAGAAACAUUAUACAGGAAUGGCAGCACAGUUGGGACGUAGGAGGCACAGGAAGACAUCUCUAUGCUAUUCAGAAGGAAGUUGGCAAAGGGAGAAUAACCAGAGGAAACACUGGAGAAGAAAAUAUAUUAACCUGACUGAGGAUUGGACACACAAGGCUGAAUAAAACCAUGCAAUUAAUAAAAAGACACCCAACAGGAUUAUGUGAACACUGCAAUAUACCGGAAACAGUAGAGCAUAUCAUUUGCCAUUGCCAGAAGUUCAUAGUGGAGAGAGACAGGCUGAAGAGGAAGCUGGCAGUGGAGGAAAAACAGUUAAAGGAUGCAUUAACCUUGAGGGCUGGAAAGGUGCUGAAAUAUCUGAAGUAAACAGGAUUCAGUGGAUUUUAUUUUUAUUUUUAAUAUUAUUUUUAAUUUCAUUUUUAGGGAUAGAUAACUCUGGUCCACAACCCAAUACAGUAGGUGGCGGCAAUGCUCCUUUUGUUGGAUGCCAUCCGCCCUAAAGCCAAGAAGAAGAAGAAGAAGAGUACGCGCCUGCGCCCUGGGGUCUCCAGUCCCGUAUUUCAAACGCAACUUGAACCGGGAACGCUCCACCGAGGAAGAGUCGCGUGACGGGGAACACAGCUCUGUCAAAAUGAGUGAGCUGGAGGAUAUCAGCCACCACAUUGAUGACCGGAUCUCAUCCUUACACCGCAUGCUGGAUCUGUCAGUUGUCGAGUUGCCCCAAAAAAAGAAACUUGGACAAGAAUUCGCGGCACUCAAGAAGCUUUUGGAGGAGUUUGAGAAAUGCGUUGGUCGGCAUAAAGAGCGACUCAAGCAGCUGAAGGAACUUGAGCAGUCAUUCCAGAAGCAUGUGGAGGAUGUCCAGCACAUUAAGGAGAACAUCCCUGCACACAUGCCCAGGAAGAAAGGCCCGGCAAAUGGAGGUGAACCCGUAAUGAGCCAGAAGGAAACCGCCGAUGUUCAGCCAGCCCAGCUGGAAACUGUCAAAAAGACCAACAAGAGCUUCGUCAGACAGAUUGAGGUCAUCACUAUGCCAGAGUUUGAGAGCAUCCCCCCGUACAUGAAAGGACGCGUGUCAUAUCAUCAACUCAAUGUGGCGGUGCAGAGCAUCAACGCAGCGGUAACCGCCAAGUACAAGAUCCUCCAUCAGUCGGUAAAAACUCUCAGCAGUCAUACGCGCAAGCUGCACCAGCGCUUCAAGGACCAGGAGACGAAGGACACAAAAGGUCAGAAUUUUGUGGUGGAGGACGACAUUCGAGAGUUUACUCAGAUGAAGGCAGACAAACGAUUUCAAGGGGUUUUGAACAUGCUGCGACACUGCCAACGCCUUCGAGAGCUUCGGGGGGGGGGCAUCACCCGCUACAUGUUGUUAUGAGAGAGCAAGACUUCAUGAGAUGGAUUACGCUUUUCCUUAGCUUGUUGUUUUUGCUUUCAUAUUGAAAUAAUAGGUUUUGUAAUUAACUGUGUUUACACACUGUCCAACCCUACAUAUGACGUGUGUCUCCGUGACUACAAAGAGUGCCUGUGAGCCCAACGAAACUAUCAUAUAAAAGUACACAUUUAAAGAUGUAUCCAUGUAUAUGCAUUAUUUGCCACCUGUAUGUACUCAUUUGCAGAUACAACUAAUGUUUAUACAUGUAUAUAUUUGUUUUGGUGUGAAUGAUUAUAAGUCAAAUAGAUUUGUCAACCAUAUUUUUGUAAAAUAA